GGGUCCUUCCUCUCUCCUCGCCUGGCUGAGGGUCAUGUUCAGAGCCGCAUAGCCGCGCUGAAUCCUCACACACAGCUUCAUUUGAUCCGGAUCCAUUCUAAUUUAUUUCCAGACAUGAUGGGCGGUAGGACGAGUGCCAUUGCGGCCGGGCUCGGAGCAGCUGUUUUCGUAGGUUACUGCAUUUAUUUCGACAGGAAACGAAGGAGCGACCCAAAUUUCAAGAACAAGCUAAGAGAGCGAAGGAGGAAGCAGAAGGUGUCACAGGAAAAAGCUGGCUUAUCAAGACUACCAGACUUAAAGGAUGCAGAAGCUGUGCAGAAAUUUUUCCUGGAAGAGAUUCAGCUGGGAGAAGAGCUGUUGGCACAGGGAGAUUAUGAGAAAGGUGUGGACCACCUGACCAAUGCCAUAGCGGUGUGUGGUCAGCCUCAGCAGCUCCUCCAGGUUCUGCAGCAGACGCUGCCUCCACCCGUCUUCCAGAUGCUCCUCACUAAACUGCCCACCAUCAGUCAGCGCAUCGUCAGUGCACAGAGCAUGAGUGAUGACGACAUCGAAUAAGAAGAGUUCCUUUCAAACACGUCGAUUCUACUCGGUGGAAAUGUCUCCUGUCUGGUUCACCCCUCGAUCGUUAAAUGACCUCCUGUUUUCCAUCUACUGUGUACAAAGACUUCCCAAACCCAUAGAAACAUUUUAUAAUAAUUAAAAAAAUAAUUUGCCUUUAGGCCAGAUGAUGUUAGUUGUUCUGUGUUUGGUAAUGUUGAACUAUCUGAUGAUGUUGAUGAUGAUGAGGUUUGUGCUGUUAGACGACUCGGCAGUUGCUGUGUGUAAAUGAACGAGAUACAGAAACAUGAUCAGGACUCUUUAUUUCUCUCACUAAUAUGCAACAAAGUGCUGCACACCCACAACUCGUCCUGAACCCUCACAACUCCUCCUGCAUCGCAGACUGAACGUUUACAUCGUCCAGCUUACUUCAGAUUGAGUGAUUUUUAGUAAGACUGUGUUUGUAGGUUUUCUCUUACGUUCCAGAGGAUCUUUGUGUGUUGCUUAUUAUUCUAAAAAUAAAAUAGUGGCCCGGCUUGAUCACAUGCAGCUUUGCAGGGUAAACAGAAGAAAAAGGAUGAAUUUGCUGGAUUAAAUGUUUUAAAUUAAACUAAAUGCCUCCCUCAUCACAACCUGUAAGGUAAAGCUGCACACAUGAUUUUUAUCCAUUUAAAUAAAUUGACUGACCCACUAAA